AUGAUCACACCGAGGUUCAAAUUGUCUCAAGAUGAAAAAUCUUUAACCGUAAAAAUCAGAGCACCUUAUUGUUCGCUACGUGAACUCCAAGUGGAAGUAGAUGAAAACGUAUUUCUAUUUUUCUGCAAACCCUAUUUUCUACGACUAUUUCUACCUGGUAAACUACUCGAAAAUGAGAACUAUAAAAGCUCGUUCGAUUGUGAUUCGGGAGAAUUUACUUUUACCCACGACAAAGCUGAGCCAGGGGAACAUUUCGAAGACCUUGAGUUCAUUACCAAAUUUCUAGUCAGCAAAGUAGAAACCAGCUACGAGGAUAGGAAGAUUCUAAUUAUCGAUAAUGAAGCUAAAUUAAACAGCGACGAAGAAUUAUCCCAAGGAUUCGGUUUCGCUUUGAUGGGCCACAGAAAUUUUGUUUCGGUGAGUUCAGAAUUUAAUGAUGUAUUCGAAAUUGACCCUAACGAGGUAAAUUUGAAAGACAGAAAGAAGUUGAGAGUGCAGUUUGAGCAAGGUAAAUUCGAUAUGGGCCAUUAUCUUGCGGAUUUUAUCGAAAAUGAGGAAAUUUUAAGUUUAUUAGAAGAAAAAUCGCCUUGGGAAGAUUUAGCAGAUGUUGAUAUCACUUUCAGUGAUAAGGAGCUUGAUUUUAUAAAAGAUUUGCCUAAUAUAGAGUACAAAUUAUCAGAUUUGCAAAUAAAAUAUGUAUUUAAUGGAUUAAUAGAUAUUUUAUUCAGUUAUUGUUAUGAUGCUAGAACCACAUCAUUUGAAACUAGCUCGGAAUCUGGUUGGACAAUAGUAAAACUAUCAGCUACAUUGUGCUGGUUGGAUGUAUUUGAAACUCCUAAAGAAGCUUUAAUUUCAGCAUUUAGAAGAAGUGUGACAUAUCCUUUAUAUAGAAAUUUCGAUUUAAGUACCAAAAUAUUACAAGAUUUAAAAAAUUUGCUCAAAUUGAAUGAGAUGUAUAUAAUAAAAUGCCUUAUACAGAUUUAUUACAUAUUUUUGGGUGGAGAUUGUUGUAGAUACAUUCUGAAUAACUUAUUCAUAAAAGAUUUUAUAAUUUAUAUAAUGAAUUGGGAGCGCAGCAAAUGGAGGGAAUUUUUGGAGGAUGUCUUGAGUUUGGAGAUCAAAAAGGAGGAUUUAGGACUGAAUUUGGCCGAGAUUGAACAGGGAUUCUCACUGGAAAGUAAUAUGGAAAAAUUAAAAAUAUCUUUGGCUGAUAGUGACGAUAGUGAUGAUACUUCAACGGAUUCUAGUGAUGAAUCAGAUUGUAGUGAAAGUGACUCCAGUACUGAGUGUGGAACUGAUUUAGACAGUGAAAAAAAAUUGACAUAA